GCCCCAUUCCUUCCGGCCCACUCCCGCACCAUGACCUCCCAAAGCUUCAAUCGCUAUCGAGACGAUCAGAGCGGGGAGCUUCUUGCCGCCCCGGCACUGUCCAAGAUUCUCACUUCAGAAUGUCAGGUCCUUCGCUUCCCUGCAUUCAGUACCGGGAAUGCCUUUGCCCUAGGCUGCCGCAUAAGGGACACCUUCCGGAAGAAUGAACGCUAUCAUCAGAAUGGGACGGCAGGCAUGGCUCUUGCGAUCACUCUCUUCAGCGGUCUGACAUUAUACCAGACUUGUGUCGGCCAGGGCGUGACACCCGAUAAUAUGGAGUGGCUCCACAGGAAAAGCAAUACAGUGAAGAGGUUCGGUGUCUCCUCGUGGCUGCGUGGGCAACAAAGAUUGGCCAAAGGCCGACCAGCUGAUGACCCGUUGCUCGGGCCGGACUUUGCGGCUCACGGCGGCGCAUUCCCAAUCUACAUCGAGGGCGUAGACGUAGGGCCCAUCGGGGCGGUCACGAUCUCUGGCAUGACACAGGAGCUGGAUCACGAGCUGGCCGUUCUGUGCAUCACAUCGUUCAUUCAGGACUUGAAAGACGUGGUCUGAGUACUUCCUCUGUGCGAAUAUCACGGGUUGUCUAUGAGACGAGUGCUGAAUCUGCGCCGCCUGGCCAGACCAUCACGCAGACAUUUAUGGGCCGUCGGCGGGUGUUGCUUUGCGGAACGCUGGUUGACGGCUGAGCUGCAGGCUGCCGCCCUUUCCGCCACGGCUGGCGUCAUUAUUGUUGCAGCUUCGCAAUUUGUUCUCUGCUUCCCUAUCGUCUGCCUCUUGCUCUACGUUCCACCUUGGCAUUUUAGCUAAUCCUACAUCGUUCGGCUCUCU